GAGUAAGUGGUGUGGUUUUGUGAAUUUGUGGCCGACGUGGUGACCGUGAAACUAGCAAGAGAAGGGUUUUAGUGUUUGUUUUGGGCGAGCAGGGUUCAAGGGUUAAAGAGCCAGCCUCCGAUCGACAGGAGCCUCCACUCUGAAACGACCGGAGCUCCAAAUCGAUCGAAGGCAGCACCAAAUCGAUCAAAGCCCCAAAACGUCCAGCUAUGGGUAGAAAAUUUGAAGAAGUAGCUAAUUUCAGCAAACCAGAGAUGUUGGAAGCUGCAGAGAACCAUGAGAUUAAAUCUGAGAGAAAGAAAAAGAAGAAGAAGAAGAAGGAAUUCAGAGACAGUGAUUUCAUUGAAGAGGAUAGAAAGGUAGAGCUGCUUGGGAAUCAGAAAGAAGAAGUUAAGAGAAAAAGAAAGUCCGAAGAGGUUGAGGUUGUUCAUGAAGAAAUCCAAAUUUUAGAAGCUUCAGAAGGUCCUUGUAGAGAAGCCGAGGACAAGAAGAGAAAGAAAAAGAAGAAGAAAGAGAAGAGAGCAGAAGAAGAAAAUUCAGGCAAGGAACUCGAUAUUAAUCAUGGUAUAUGCAGCGACACCCCAGAAAUAUUGGAUAAGGAGGACAGGAAACAGAAGAAAUCUGAUGGUGUUGGAGGAAGGAAAAAUGAAGAUGAAAUCAAGAUGGGUGGCAAUGAAAGAGAUGAGGCAGAAUGUAACAAUGGUGUGGUCGUGUCUGGAAAGAAUACACAAGAGUCAAAGUAUGCACCUUUGAGCUCGUUUGCUGAAUCUCAUCUCCCUGAUGAGGUACUUGAGUGCUGCAAGAACUUCAGCAAACCAUCACCAAUUCAGUCCCAUGCUUGGCCUUUCCUUUUGGAUGGCCGGGAUUUCAUUGGGAUUGCAGCCACUGGCUCAGGUAAGACAUUGGCAUUUGGUGUUCCAGCUCUCAUGCAUAUAUUGCACAAUGGAAAGAAGAAAAAGGAAAAGAAAUUAAAUCCUCUUUGUCUUGUACUAUCACCUACAAGGGAGCUUGCUCAACAAAUAGCAGAUGUUCUGAGUGAUGCUGGAAAGACCUGUGGUGUCAAGUCAGUUUGUUUGUAUGGAGGAACUUCCAAAGGACCUCAAAUAUCUUGUCUGAAGUCUGGAGUUGAUAUUGUUAUUGGGACUCCUGGCCGUUUGAAGGAUCUGAUGGAAAUGGGUGUGUGCUGCUUAAAAGAGGUGUCUUUUGUGGUUCUAGAUGAAGCAGAUCGAAUGCUUGAUAUGGGAUUCGAACCAGAAGUCCGUUCAAUAUUGAGUCAGACAUGUUCUGUGCGUCAAAUGGUAAUGUUCAGUGCAACAUGGCCCCUUUCUGUUCAUCAGUUAGCUCAAGAGUUUAUGGAUCCAAAUCCUGUUAAGGUUGUUGUGGGUUCAGAGGAUUUAGCAGCAAACCAUGAUGUUAUGCAAAUUGUAGAGGUUUUGGAUGACCGCUCACGAGAUGCACGUUUGGUUUCCUUGCUAGAAAAAUACCACAAAUCCCAAAGGAACAGGGUAUUAGUUUUUGUCUUGUACAAGAAGGAAGCAGUUCGUGUUGAAAAUAUGCUUCAAAGAAGGGGAUGGAAAGUUGUUUCUGUACAUGGUGACAAAGCUCAACAUGACCGUACGAAGGCACUUUCAUUAUUCAAGGAGGGAACCUGUCCGCUGAUGAUUGCUACUGAUGUAGCUGCUCGAGGAUUGGAUAUUCCGGAUGUAGAGGUGGUGAUCAACUAUAGCUUUCCUCUCACUACUGAGGAUUAUGUCCACAGGAUAGGGAGGACUGGUCGGGCGGGUAAGAAGGGUGUCGCUCACACCUUCUUCAUGCAGGAAAACAAGGGCCUUGCUGGUGAGCUGGUAAAUGUCCUCAGAGAAGCUGGGCAGAUAGUGCCUGCUGCCCUCAUGAAGUUUGGCACUCAUGUUAAGAAAAAGGAAUCCAAGUUAUAUGGUGCACAUUUCAAAGAAAUUGCAGCUGAUGCCCCCAAAUCCACAAAGAUUAAAUUUGACAAUUCAGAUGAGGAAGAUUGAYUCCUGAAUUACAAUAAAGUUUCAUUAGGACAGUUUUCUUCAGAUAACAAUGAGUGGUUUCCAUAUAAUGAGACACACUGCCUUCGUUUGGUCAUACAUCUCCAAUGGUGAUACUCUGGAGAUGAGAUUCAUUUUGGUAGGUUCUACACGAGUGAACAGAACAGGGAAUUUUUCAUGAAGGUGACAUGCUGGUACGCACUCGAGUUGUGAAUGUCCAACAACUAUGAGUUCAUGGUUCAGUUUUUCUUCUGGCUGACCAAUUUUUACAAGCUCUAUAGUAUAUGAUGGCAGCAUGGUUCUUGGGUAGUUUUUUCAGUCUGACUUCUUAAUUUUUUAACAUUUUAUAGCCAGCAGUAACCAGUAAGCAGUCGUACUAAAACAAUGUAUGUAUUUAUUCAGCAAUGUCCAUUUUUGAAUCAGUCUGGAAUACUUGAAUAGUUAAAACUUAUGAUUUCACUGGGUGGUAAUGCUUUCUCA